AUGACUAGCUGCUGCUCCGCAUUUCGUCGAGCACCUGCUCCGUCGAGGUCUCCGGCGCGGCGGGCGACCCUGUGCUCCUUCGCCGCCGCCGCCAACGUGGCCCAAUGGAACGCGGCCAUCCGGCACCGCCUCGACUCCGGGCUCCCCGCGGAGGCCGUCUCUGCCUUCGCCGCCAUGCUCCGCGCCGGCGCCCGCCCCGACGCGUUCACGCUCCCGCUCCUCAACCGCGCCGCGGAGCUGCUCCCGGGGCGCGGCCUCGCCGUCGGCGCGGCCCACUCGGUGGGCCUUCGGGCUGGCCUCGGCGGCGACGCCUACUUCUGCAACACGCUGCUGCAGGCCUAUGCGCGGCGCGGGGCAGUGGCGCGCGCGCGGCAGCUGUUCGACGAAAUGCGGUCGCGGGACGUGGUCUCCUGGACGUCGCUGGUGUCCGCAUACGCCGGCGCCCGGGACGCGCAGGCCGUGUCCCGUCUGGUGUCGACGAUGAGGGCCGACGGGUGCGAGCCGAGCGCGGCGACGCUCGCGGUGCUGCUCCGGGCGUGCAUGGCCGAGAGGGAUGCUGCUGCCGGGGGGCAGCUCCACUGCUACGCCAUGAAGAGCGGGUGGAGUGGUGAUGUGGUGGUUCUGAACUCAAUUCUGACGCACUUGAGCAGGAUCACUGGCGUGGAUGUCGCUGUGAGGCUGUUCGAGCAGUCGCCGAGAAGCGAUGCGGUUUCUUGGAACAUUAUAAUCUCGGAGUAUUCUUCAGAGGGGAGAGUUUCUAAGGUUGUCGAUAUGUAUGAAAGGAUGAGAAGAGAGGAGGUGUGUCCAAGCUGUGAGACCUUAACUUCCGUUGUUGCUGCGUUCGCCAAGUGCAGACACCUUUGGCAGGGUCAGAAGCUGCAUUCUUUUGCUCUUAAGAGUGGGCUCAUUGACACAAUCCUGGUAGCAUCCUUUGUGGACUUCUAUGCGAAAUGUGGUGAAUUACCAUCGUCAGUUCAGUUAUUUGAGGAAUUCAGGGGAAAAAGCAACUGCAUAUGGUCAGCCAUGCUCGUGGCCUUUAUCCAUCAUGGGCAGUUCUUAGAUGCAAUCCAUCUUUUUGGAAGAAUGAUGGAUUCUUCACUUGUUCCCAAUGCUGACGUGCUUCGAGCACUGAUCAUCUGUUAUACAGAAUUGGGUGAUUUACGGCUUGGUAAAGUAGUUCAUGCAUACAUCAUAAGAAACGACUAUGCUGCAGAAUCUCAGAGUUGUGCCUUGGAGACCUCCAUUGUUAAGCUGUAUGCUAGAUGUGGGAACAUUCAUUUGGCAGAAAGGUGCUUUAGCAGCAUCCUUCACAAAGAUAUCGUCUCAUGGAGUUCAAUGAUUGAAACAUACACAAUCCAUGGCGAUGGUAGGAAAGCACUGGCAUUGUUUCGACAGAUGCUGGAAGAAGGAGCAAGGCCAAAUGGAGUGACCUUCCUGAGUUUGCUGUCAGCAUGUGGUCACUCAGGUCUUGUUAGUGAAGCUCGUGAGUUGUUUGAUUGCAUGACAAGAAAAUUCGGUAUCGCACCUGAGUUAGGACACUAUACUUGUAUGGUGGACGUUCUUGGCCGGUCCGGUAAUCUGGAGGAAGCUGUACAAGUGAUCAGUGACAUGACGGUUAAGCCAGAUGGCAGGAUAUGGGGUGCGCUACUUGCAUCCUGCAAAACGCACUCAAACUCAAAGCUUGCAAAUUUAGCUGCUCAGAAACUUAUGGAGCUGGAACCAAAUAAUGUUGGCUACCAUGUGGUCUUCAGUAAUGUCCAAGCAGGCAGUAGCAGAUGGGGUGAAGUGGAAGACAUUAGAAGCUCCAUGGUAGACAAGGACAUGCAGAAGUCUCCUGCUUGGAGUUGUGUUUCUGAUAUUGGUGGUGUUUGA